GGUGCCUGGGCGGGGCGCGCCGUGGUUGGCGGAGGGGCGGCGGCCGGGCACCCGGAAGAGCGGUCGGCUGAGCGAAGGCGACAGACGGCGGCCGGGGGCCGGACAUGGACAAGCUAAAGAAGGUGCUGAGCGGCCAGGACACCGAGGACCGCAGCGGUCUGUCCGAGGUUGCGGAGGCUUCGUCGCUAAGCUGGGGCACCAGGAUAAAAGGCUUCGUCGCGUGUUUUGCCAUAGGAAUCCUCUGCUCGCUGCUGGGUACUUUUCUGCUGUGGGUGCCCAGGAAGGGACUCAGCCUCUUCGCGGUGUUUUACACCCUGGGUAACAUCGCAUCAAUUGGGAGUACCGUCUUCCUCAUGGGUCCCGUGAAGCAGCUGAAGCGCAUGUUUGAGCCUACGCGUCUGAUUGCCACAAUCCUGAUGCUGUUGUGUUUUGCACUUACCCUGUGUUCUGCCUUUUGGUGGCGUAAAAAUGGACUUGCACUCAUCUUCUGCAUUUUGCAGUCUUUGGCCUUGACGUGGUAUAGCCUUUCCUUCAUACCAUUUGCAAGGGAUGCUGUGAAGAAGUGCUUCGCUGUGUGCCUUGCAUAACGCGCUGCCAGUCUGCAGAGCGCACCAUGGGCGGACGCUGGUGGACAGCUUUGUAAAUACCCGCUAAACCUCUGUCUCACGGACGCGUGCCUUUCACUUGCAGCAAGGUGUUGCUUGUUGCUUGUAAUUUUGACAUUUUUUUGAGGGUUGUCUGUGGGAGUAGUCGUGAGUCCUACAGCCUGAUGUCUGUAGCACCACUGGGGGUCUAGGGCACAUAGACGACUCUUGCCAUAGCCGUUUUCCUCACAGGGGUGUCGCACCAGGUUCUCACAGGGCGUUCUUUGUCUAAUGGCAGCAGACAAGCCUCAAGCUUGUGAGCCACU